GGCAGCAGCGAGCAGGCAGGCGCGGAGCUGCCCUUCCAUAGGAGCCGCCAUUAGCGCUGGGACCCGCUGACAGGGUCUCGGCGGCGGCGGCCGGCGCGGCGCGGGGAGCGGAUCAGCCGGGGUGGGUCCCCGUUUGAUGGAUCCCCGGAUAGCCUGGUUCCAGCCAGAGCAGCUCGGCCCCUCGAACCGCCUGUGGAUGCAGAUCUGGGAGACCACGCAGGGGGUCCGCAACCUCUACUUCCAGCAGCAGCAGCAGCAGCAGGAGCAGCAGCAGCAACAACAGCAGCAGCAGCAGAGCGCCCCCGCCGCGGCCGGCCCGGCCUCCCCGCCCGGCAUGUACCGCGCCCCCCGCGCCGACCCCCCGCCCGACUUCCUGCCGCUCGAGAGCGCCAACAACCCGCACAGCCGCGGGACCGGGGCCCCGCCGGCCCUCCGCUGUCACCGCCCGUGCACGUGUUACACGCUGCCGGCCGGUGCCUCGGACACGGCGUUCCGCUGUCAGCGCCGCUGCGCGCUGUGA